AUGCAUUUCUCUCUCGCAACCCUGCUGUUCGCCAACAUGGCGGCUGCCGCCGUUCUGCCAGUGGCCCGCGCCCCUGAGCCCGCCCCGAUUAUUCUCCGCGCGGUGACCAGGAGGCAAAUCCAGCCUGCUCAACCAGCCGCCGCAGGAGCAGAGCAGUUUGUUCCACGAGCAGUGAAGAAAGCCGCAGCUAAGGCCCCUGCCAAGGCUCCUGCCAAGGCUGCUCCGAAGACUGCCCCGAAGCCUACUCCUGCUCCAGCACCUGCCCCGAAGCCUACUCCUGCUCCAGCACCUGCCAAGCCGGCUCCUACCCCUGCCCCUGCCAAGGCCCCUGCGAAUUCGGCACCCGCCCCCGCAAAGCCUGCGUCUACUCAGCCAGCUGCUGCUCCUGCUCCUUCAAAGCCCGCGGGCAGUUCCACUCCCGGCUCAUUGAAGCCGGUCGUCACGCCUUCCAGCCCCCCUGCUACCACAUCCUCCCAGGCCGCCGCCUCCUCCGCAGCCGCCUCCUCGGCGGCCGCGACGGCGUCCGCUCAGCCCCCCACCGGUGCACUCGCCCCCAGCUUCGACGUCGAGCUCCUCUACGGCAGCGGCGGCGACGUCGUCUCCCCUAGAAGCAUCACGGAUGACGAGGUUGGCAUCGCAGCGGCCGACACCGAUGUCACGGUGGAGGUGGACGGCAAGAUGAAGUUCCCGUCCAUCGUGCUCGAGAACAUCAACACGAUCAAGAGCGUCACCUGCACCAAGGGCCUGGUCAACAUCGCUUUCUCCAACGCGGAUGCCUACCAGACGUCCAAGCUCUGGCCCAACAACAAGUUCGUCGUCAUCACGACCAGCUCCGGCGGCUGCGCGGCCGACGGCGAACGCGGCCUGUACCUGGUGAAAAGCAUCGAGUUCGACGACAAGAAGAACACGCUGAUCGUGUCGGCAGACGCCACCACGGUCGACAAAGUCAUGGAAACUGCCCACGUGACGUGGGUCAAGAAUCCGACCGCCCCGAGCAAGUCGGGCCUGAACUUCCCCAUCAACAUCGACCUGUCAGGCACCGACAUCGUCAGCAAGGGGCCCUUGAGCCUCACGGCGGACGUGGCCAAGUACACGGGCAACGUUGGGUUCAGCGGGUCCCUCGACUUCAACUUCCUCACCGGCAAGCUGAACAAGAUGACGGCGGACAUGAGCUACAACUCGGUGCUGGCGCUGAACCUGACGGCGGCGCUGACGGCCAAGGAUUCGCAGAGCGCCAUGUACCAGUUCGCGCCGGUCGAGGCCAAGGUGGCUCCGUUCUCGAUCCCGGGCAUCCUGGACAUGGGCCCGAUCCUGACCUUUGGGCUGGGCGUCGAGUUCGGCGCCAAGGGCCAGGUCAAGGUCGCGACGGGCAUGCGCAGCGAGAUCAAGGACGGCACGGUGCACAUCGACUUUGUGGACGGCAAGAAGUCCAGCGCCGCCGGGUGGAAGCCCGUCACCAGCAUGUCGGCCACCAAGUUCAGCGCCGACGUGAGCAUGCAGAUCAACCCCUUCGCGACCCUCAACGUCGCCAUGGGCGUCAGGGCCUUUGGCAAGCUCGUCGACCUGACGGCCGCCGUCGAGACCAAGCCCGUGCUCGUCAACAGCUUCAACGCCCACGACGAGGCCGAGGCCAGCUUCAGCUCCACCACCGGCAUCACCUUCACCUCGCCCAAGGACAAGAAGUGCCCCGGCGGUGGCUGGUUCGCCAGCCAGCUGCAGCUCGGCGUCACCGCCGUAAUCGGCCCCCUGAGCAACACCCUGUUUUCAAGCAAGACUCCUAUUGCCGAAAGCCAGUGUUUCACAUUCCCCAAGGUCUAA